AUGAAAGGACUGAAGGCUUCCAUUCAGAAUCUGAGAGAUGUUGGGGUGGACAACAUUAUCAAAGCUGCUGCAGAAACAGCUAUCCAAAUUGGAAUUGAAGGAGACUUUCCUAUGAAGAAAAAGCGCAAAGUGAAGCAGAUGGCACUUUAUGAAGCUGAAGAUGACUUUUGCCUUUUGUCACCAGAAACAGAUUUCGGAUCCCAGUGCAACCUUGUGUUUGACAGCAUUCUCACACAAAUUGAGUGGCGGUUUGAAGCUAUGUCUGCAGUAUUCUCAGAUUUUGACUUCCUCAGUGGACAUUCUCUCUCCAAAAGUUCAGUGGAUGAACUUAAGACUAAAGCCAAAAGUUUGUCUAAAAUUUACAAGGCAGAUUUAGAUUCUUCAGAUUUCCAGUCAGAAAUGGCAAGUUUUAAAUAUCAAGCUGCUGCCAUAAUGGAAAACUUUGAAAAAUCUAGCCCGAUGGACAUUUUGCAGCUCAUUCAUAAAUACUCAUUGACUGAUGCUUAUCCUAACACGGCAAUUGCUAUUCGCAUCUUCCUCACCUUACCAGUUACAGUUGCCACGUGUGAAAGAAGUUUCAGUAAACUUAAGAUCAUAAAAAACUAUUUGAGAUCAACUAUGGGCCAAGAACGUUUGUCUUGUCUGGCAGUAGUUUCAAUUGAACAUGAAGCGGCCAACGCACUUGAUUUUGAUGAUGUCAUUAGUGACUUUGCCUCCAAAAAAGCCAGAAAAGUGACCUUGAACUGA